UCUCGUUUAUGCUCGCAAUUCGUGGUUUCUACGUCUUGCAUUUAUCUAACGUUUUGUCCAAAUUACAUAAAAUUUACUAGAUUUCAAUCUAAGGAUAUUUCUCACCGCAGGAAGGAUGAAAUAACGAACAUGCUGACAUUGCAGUAUAAAGCGCGCGAAUGCGAAGUUUGAUUUUUCUUAGGUUAUGAACAGUUAUGAAAAGGAACGCGCAAUUCCAAGCAAGAAAAUAUUCCCUUUUUAACUGAAAAUUUGCUGGUUAUUGUUACUACUGUUAAGAAGAUUCUUAUAAGAUGGCAGAGAAUAAUUUACAAGAUAAGCUUAAAUGUUAUUAUAUGAGGUUAUUCCCAUUCACCCACUUCUAUCGAUGGCUCAGUUACGGUGACAGAGACAUAUUCGCUCGCAGGGAAUUCUCCUAUACCAUUCGUAAUGAAAUUUAUAUAAGGUUCAAAUCAUACAUGAGUUUUCAGCAGUUCGAGAAAGAAGUCAGAAGGCUAAUACCUUUCAAAAUUGAUAUCGGGGCAGUGUACAAUGUCUAUCCUUCUCAAGACAAAAAGGGUAUUAAAUUUAGAGCGGUGGAGAGGGAACUUGUCUUUGAUAUAGACAUGACUGAUUACGAUGAUAUAAGGAUCUGUUGCUCGGGAGCAAGUGUUUGUCCAAAAUGUUGGAAAUAUAUGGUCAUCGCUUGUAAAGUGCUAGAUCAAGCAUUAAGAGAGGAUUUUGGGUUUAAACAUCUGCUCUGGGUGUUCUCUGGUAGAAGAGGCAUACAUUGCUGGGUAUGCGACGAGAAUGCAAGAAAAAUGGAUGGAAUAAUGAGAACUGCUGUUGCAGAAUAUUUGCAGUUAGUUACCGGUGGAGAAUUCAUGGCAAAAAAGGUCAAUCUUCCAGGAGACAAACUCCAUCAUUCUAUUAGCCGUGCCGUUCAAAUAAUAAAACCCACGUUCGAGGAGUUGUGUGUGAUAGAACAAGACAUGCUGGGCACAGGGCUUGGUGUUAGGAAGUUCUUGUCUAUAAUACCUGAAUCAACCUGGAAAUCUGACUUGAAAGCCUUGUUUGACAAAUGUAAAACUAGUCAAGAGCGAUGGCAGGCAUUCCUUAAAUAUUACGAGAAUCAAAAGCCCUUGGCUGCAAAAGGAUGGCGCCAGUCCAAUUUCUUGGUAGAAGAAAUCAUGCUACAGUACUGUUAUCCGAGAUUGGACAUCAACGUCAGUAAAGGCCUAAACCAUCUACUGAAAGCUCCCUUCUGCAUCCACCCAAAAACCGGCAAUGUCUGCGUACCAUUUAAUCCAAAAGUCGUGGAAAAAUUCGAUCCCUUCAACGUCCCCACCAUAGAUAAAGUGUUCGAAGAAAUAAACGAGUACGAUGCUAAGGAGAAGGCCUUGAACAAGGAGUACGUCCCUAACGCCAGGAUCAAGGGGUACAAGAAGACCAGCCUCAACAAACAUAUCCACAUUUUCCAAGAGUUCCUAUGGAAGAUGGAAGAGUCCCAAAAGGGCCAGAAAAUCAUUAAAAGUGACAUGACGAUGGAGUUCUAGAGCAGCCUCAACCCCUGGGAAAGCUCAUCGGAGCAUCAUUCAUCUUACCAUUGCUGUACAUACCCUUCGCGAAACCAAGAAAGUAAAGUACCUAAACUCAUUUUUAGGUCUAAUAGACGCAGAAAAAUGUACAAUUCAACUGAUUUUUAGGUCCAAUAAACGCAGAAAAAUGUACAA